AUGGAGGACCAAGCCAAUCGCCCGCACCGGGCUUCGAAAGAAAAGAAGAAGCCCAAGAAAGGCGAGCGUAAUGCCAAAGCCUUCGCCGUCGCCAAUCCGGGCCGACUGGCAAAGCAGGCUGUACGGACCAGCGAUAUAAAGGAGAAACGCCUUCAUGUUCCUCAGGUGGACCGAUUGCCCGAAGAAGCGCCACCUAUCGUCGUUGCGGUCGUUGGCCCUCCUGGCGUAGGCAAAACAACACUGAUCAAAAGCCUAAUCAAGCGAUAUUCGAAACAGACUCUUUCGCACCCUAGUGGCCCUUUAACGGUUGUUACUUCGAAGCGACGACGGCUAACGUUCCUCGAAUGCCCUUCAGACUCGUUGGCGGCCAUGAUCGAUGUUGCCAAGAUCGCCGACAUCGUCCUGCUGAUGAUCGACGGCAAUUAUGGAUUUGAGAUGGAAACCAUGGAGUUUCUGAACGCCCUCGGCACUUCUGGUAUGCCUGGCAAUGUCUUUGGCAUUUUGACCCAUCUCGAUUUGUUCAAGAAGCAGAGCACACUUCGCAUGGCCAAGAAGAGGCUCAAGCACAGAUUCUGGUCUGAACUAUACAAUGGAGCGAAGUUGUUCUACCUGUCAGGCGUGGUCAACGGAAGGUAUCCUGACCGAGAGGUGCACAAUUUGUCUCGAUUUCUAUCAGUCAUGAAAAACCCUCGACCGCUUAUAUGGCGAAACAGCCAUCCUUACUGUCUUGCCGAUCGCUUUCUGGACGUCACCCCCCCAACAGAGAUCGAAGAGAAUGAGAAAUGUGAUCGUCAGAUAGCGCUAUACGGAUAUCUCAGAGGCACAAAUUUCCCCGCCAUGAAUGCAAGAGUACACGUUCCUGGUGUUGGAGACUUGACUGUAAAGGAAAUAGAAGCCUUGCCGGAUCCAUGCCCGACGCCGUAUCUGGACCAAGCCCUUGCAAAGGCUUCUGGAAAAACCUCCCGACGAAAGCUGGGCGAGAAGCAGAAGGUCCUCUUCGCACCGAUGUCGGAUGUUGGAGGUGUUCUUGUCGACAAAGAUGCUGUAUACAUUGACAUCAAGACGAACACAUUUGAUCCCGAAGCAGAAGAUCUUGAGGAUCGAGGAUUGGGAGAGCAGCUGAUGGUCAGUCUCCAGAACGAGAGAAAGCUACUCGGAGAAGCGGACUCUGGUGUACGGCUGUUUCAAGGUUCAAAUCAGAUCAGAGGUCAAGCAGACGAUGGCCGAAAAGAGAAAAGGGGCAUCAGAUCUUUGAACGCACAAGAAGACUUUUCCCGAGACGACGACGAAGGCUUCGUAAGUGGAGACGAGGACGAGGACGAGGACGGCGCUUCAGAUGAAGAUCUAGAUGACCUGACGCAGCACACUGGACGGCCUGGAUUUGCGGCAGACAACGAUACCGAAGGCGAGCAACAAGGCGAAUUGGCUUUUGCUGAGAGCGACUCUGACCUGGGAUCGAUCGAUGGCGAGAGCGAUGAGGGUACGAACAGCGAGGUGAACGACUCUGGCGAUGAUUCUGACCAGGAUGAGGACGACGACGAUGAUAAUGAGGACAGUGACGGUGGUGUGAGGUGGAAAGAGAAUAUGGCUGAAAACGCACGACGCAUGCACUCCAGUAAAGUUGCGUAUCGCGCAGCAGAUCUCUCGAAGUUGAUGUACAAUCUCAAGUUAUCACCGGCAGAAGUUGCCUCGAAGUGGCGAGGAGAAAAUGUACCAACACACGAUGACGAGAUCGAAGACGAUGAGGAAGUUUUUUUCAGGAAGACUAAUAUUGAGAAAGAGGAAGAUUUGGAAGACCGGCAGACACCGCAUAUGGAUUAUGAACAACUGGCCCAGAAGUGGGAGGAUGAGGAGGUGAUGCAGUCUCUUAUGCCACGUUUUACCCGUUCCGCUCCAGCCACAGGAGCAAAUGCCCUCGAGGAAGGUGACGAAGAAGAAGAAGAUGACGACAUGGAAGGCUUUAGCGACGAAGGGGAUGGCGAGUUCGAAGAUCUUGAAGCCACCCCUGCCGAAGCUCAGGAAUCUCCACAGGAGGGCAACCUGGAGCAGGAACGUGAUAAAAAUGCUAGGAGGAAAGAGGAGCUGAAGCUACGCUUUGAAGAAGAGGAUCGAGAAGGGUUUGGGAAAGCUAAAGACGAGAUGAAGUCAACUGAGCAGGAAUUUGGUGAAGAUGACUGGUAUGACGCACAGAAGGCCAUGCUGCAAAAGCAACUUGAUAUCAAUCGUGCCGAGUUCGACAGCCUCGAUGCAGCUUCGCGAGCGCGGUCAGAAGGUUUCAAAGCUGGCACGUACGCCAGAAUCGUUCUCGACAAAGUGCCUUACGAGUUCGCUCGGUCAUUCAAUCCACGUUAUCCGGUCAUCGUUGGCGGACUCGCACCAACAGAGGAGCGAUUUGGCUUUGUACAGAUCCGGAUCAAACGACAUCGUUGGCACAAGAAGAUUCUCAAGACCAAUGAUCCGCUCAUCUUCUCUCUGGGAUGGAGGCGGUUUCAAACACUGCCCAUGUAUUCGAUUUCGGAUUCGCGAACGAGAAACCGGAUGCUCAAAUACACCCCUGAGCAUAUGCACUGCUUCGGCACCUUCUAUGGACCCCUGGUCGCUCCCAACACUGGCUUCUGCUGCGUACAAUCCUUCUCAAACACCAAUCCGGGAUUUCGCAUCGCUGCGACAGGCGUGGUGCUGAACGUGGAUGAGACUACUGAAAUCGUCAAGAAGCUCAAGCUGACGGGCCAUCCUUACAAGGUUUUCCGCAAUACCGCCUUCAUCCGAGACAUGUUCAACUCGGCCAUCGAGAUUGCUAAAUUUGAAGGAGCAAGCAUCAAGACUGUAUCUGGGAUACGAGGCCAGAUCAAACGAGCACUGAGCAAGCCGGAAGGUCACUUUCGUGCCACGUUUGAGGACAAAAUCCUUAUGUCGGAUAUCGUGUUCCUACGAGCAUGGUAUCCAGUACGGCCACAUCGCUUCUAUAACCCGGUAACGAAUCUACUGGACGCUCCCAGCACCGACCGAGCGGCCGUGAAUGGGGAUGCUGGAACAGGCUGGCAAGCUAUGCGACUUACCGGCGCUGUCAGAGCAUCUCUCGGCGUUCCUACGCCUCGACAGAAGGACUCAGCAUACAGCAAGAUUGAGCGGCCAACCAGGCAUUUCAAUCCGCUACGCGUGCCUCGUGCCAUACAGAGUGAUCUCCCAUUCAAGUCACAGAUCACUCAGCAGAAGGCUCGCAAGGCACCGACCUACCUCCAGAAGCGGGCUGUGGUCUUAGGGGGCGAGGAGAAGAAGGCUCGGGACCUCAUGCAGAAACUAAUGACUAUGCGCAAUGAGAAGGUAGAAAAGCGCGCCAAGAAGCAAGAGGAGCGUCGACAAGUGUAUCGCAAGAAGGUCGAAGAGAAUCUUGAGAAGAAGGCAGAGAGAGAGAAGAGGGAGCGGGAUGAGUACUGGCAGAAAGAAGGCAGCAAACGGCAGCGACAAGGCGACAGCGGAGGUGGUGGCAAACGGGCCAAGAGGGCUUGA